AUGGCGAGGUUAUGUUGCUUCGGUUCUUCAGACUACGAUCUGAUAGUUGGGAAGGCGUCAACUAGUUCAGGGAAAGGGAGAAACAGUGAAGGAGAGAUUAAAUUUGGUUACAGCUUAGUGAAAGGGAAAGCUAAUCAUCCAAUGGAGGAUUAUUACGUGUCCAAAUUCACGAAAAUCGACGGUAACGAGCUUGGUUUGUUUGCUAUCUACGAUGGUCAUUUGGGUGAACGUGUCCCUGCUUAUCUACAGAAGCAUCUCUUCUCCAAUAUCCUCAAAGAGGAGCACUUUUGGUUUGAUCCUCACAGAGCAUUAGUUGCUGCCUAUGAGAAAACAGACCAAACCAUUCUGUCACAUUCUGAUCUAGGACGUGGUGGCUCAACCGCUGUAACCGCUAUUCUGUUGAACGGGAGGCGUUUGUGGGUUGCGAAUGUUGGUGAUUCAAGGGCGGUUUUGUCUCGAGGAGGUCAAGCGAUACAGAUGACUGUAGAUCACGAGCCGCACACUGAAAGAUUGAGCAUUGAGGAUAAAGGAGGCUUUGUGUCAAACAUGCCAGGAGAUGUCCCUAGAGUUAACGGGCAGCUAGCUGUUUCCCGUGCUUUUGGAGACAAGAGCCUCAAAACACAUUUAAGGUCGGAUCCAGAUGUUAAAGAUUCGUCGAUAGAUGAUCACACUGAUGUUCUUGUUCUUGCUAGUGAUGGUCUAUGGAAGGUGAUGGCUAACCAAGAGGCGAUUGAUAUCGCGAGAAGAAUCAAAGAUCCAUUGAAAGCAGCUAAAGAACUAACUACGGAAGCCCUUAGAAGAGACAGCAAAGAUGAUAUCUCUUGCAUUGUCGUCAGGUUAAGGUGA